UUGACAAUAGCCAUCCAAUAAAUAAAUAUGGCUACGCCAGGAUGCCGAGGAGUUUCCAGACUAUUGGAAAAACUGGAAAACUCAGUGAAAAAUGGCGAAUAUUAUGAAGCCCAUCAGAUGUACAGAACUCUCUACUUUAGGUACGUAGGCCAAAAAAAUUACAAAGAUUUAAAGGAUAUGCUAUACCAAGGGUCAAUAUUGUUCCUCGACGCAAACCAGAAAGCAUCAGGCGCUGAUUUAGGACUGCUUUUGAUUGAUGUGCUCAUCAAAUCUGAAGACAAAAGUACUGAAAUCUGGUGCCGGAAAUUGUCGACGUUAUUUGCAAAAAUUGGCACAACUUAUGCAACAGAAAGAGAUAGUUUUUUGGUGCAAGCUGUAAAGUGGUCAUCAUUAGGGUCUUCCCGAGGAGAUCCCGCUUUACAUCAAUACAUAGCAAAAGUUUACUGGGACGAACUGAAUUACAACCAAGCCAGACACCACUACAUCCACUCGCAAGAUGGGAAAAACUGCGCCAAACUUCUGAUUGAAUUCCAAAUGACCAAAGGAUUCAAAUGUGAAAUAGACCUGUUUGUGGCACAGGCUGUCCUUCAAUUUUUGUGCCUAAGAAAUCAAAUUACCGCUAGUCAAACGUUCACUACUUACACUGAGAAUCACCCGACGAUAAAGAAAACGGAGCCGCCGUACUUGCUGCCCUUGUUAAAUUUCCUCUGGUUCUUGCUGCAAGCUUUGGAAACCAAAAAACUGCAAACAUUCGCCGUCCUUUGUGAGCAAUAUCAAAAAUCGCUUGAACGAGAUCCAUGUUAUCUGCAAUAUCUGGACAAAAUAGGGCAGUUAUUCUUUGGUUUAAAGCCCCCUCAGCCCAAGAAAUCAGGCGGGCUGUUUGGCAGCCUGAUCGAUAAUUUUUUAGAAGGUUUAGAGGAUGGCAGUGAUGAUGAUGACGAGUCGGCCCGAGGCAACCCAGCCCCGUCCACAUCACGGCAACUUCUGGAAAGCGCUGAUCUUGACUAAUAGCCACCUAACUGACUUCCGUUAAUGUAUAUUUAGUAGCUUAUGAUUAAACUAAAACAGUUUGUACAUAAAAAACCGAUGUUGGGUGAUUCAUCGAGAAAACUCAGUGCUGAAACUGCGUUAGUUUGUGACAUUGGGGCAAUUUCUUCUCAUUGCUGAAAGUUGAACUGCAAAAGACCGGUCGGUUUAUAACGACGACCUCGGAGAUUUUAUUUGUAUUACUAGACAGAAAUGUAGUUUUUCAUAAGGUGUUGAAUGAAGAUGAAAGGAAAUUUUUGGGAGUGAGCGUCUGUGACCAGUUUGACUCAACUGCAGUGAAAUUUUCUAGUGAUUUUCAAAUUUUGGAAACGUUUUGGUUUUAACGUUGUUUUGUUUUCAUCAAUGAUUAUUUGUUUUUCAUCAGCUUGAUAACUUGAACGCAAUUGUAGAACAAUUAUCUUUAGGUACUUUUGGACGUAAACGGAUUUUCUUGAAAAAUUAAAAAUGCCCUUAAAUUGA